CCUCCCACCACCGCUGCCUGCGUCUCCCUCGCCUUGUGCAGCCAGCGAGUCUGUCCAAACGGCGGAGGAAGGAAGACGGGGCAUCGACGGGGAGGAAAGCAGAGACAUGACAACUAGCUGCGGUGCCUCCGACUCCAGGCAGUCCCCGGGUACCCUGAUUGUGUGAUCGCCGAGCCGGCUCUGCAUUGCACGGAAGACUCCUAUCGCUCGGUGUGUGUGCGCGCUUGGUGAGUGAUUGCACGACCCCGGGCAGCAGCAUGAGCGCGGAGGGAUACCAGUACCGGGCCCUGUUCGCUUACAAGAAGGAGCGGGACGAGGACAUUGACCUGCGGGUGGGGGACAUUCUGACCGUCAACCGCGGCACCCUGGUGGCCCUAGGUUGCGGGGACGGCGGCGAGGCCAGACCCGAGCAGAUCGGAUGGCUGAACGGCUACAACGAGAACACGGGCGAGAGGGGCGAUUUCCCGGGCACCUACGUGGAGUAUAUCGGCAGGAAGAAGAUCAGCCCCCCGACACCCAAACCCCGGCCCGCCAGACCAUUGCCAGUGGCCCCCGGGACCACCCGGACCGAGGCCGGAGCAGAUUCGCAGGCUUUCACACUGCCUGAUUUGACAGAGAUAUUUGCACCACCAGAGACAGCCCCACUGAUCCUCGUCAAGCUGGUGGAGACUAUAGAAAGAAAAGGUCUGGAAUCCCCAGCGUUGUACAGAACCCAGAGUGCCAGCAGUGUGCCUGAGCUCCGUCAAAUCAUUGAAUGUGAUUCUGCUGGGGCCGAAGUUGAGCAUCUCGACUUACCGACUCUGGGUGAUGCGUUGAAGAGGUUUCUGUUGGAUCUCCCAAACCCAGUCAUUCCUGCAGUUACUUACAAUGAGAUGCUUUCAGCUGUAAGAGAAUCCUUAAACUCUGAUGACUAUGCACAACUGCUGAGGAAGAUUAUCCAGUCUGCAAACGUUCCUAAUCAGUACUGGCUCACUCUUCAGUACCUGCUGAGACAUUUCUUUCUGCUCUGUCAAAGCACCAACAAGAACCUGCUCAGUGCAAAAUUGCUGGCAGAAAUCUUCAGCCCACUUCUCUUCAGGAACCAGCUACUAAGCUCUGAAGGUCCAGAGUACAGCGCUCAGAUUCUGGAAGUUCUCAUCGCAAGUGAAUGGAAUGAACGUCAAGCUGCACCAGCACUGCCACCAAAACCUCCCAAACCCAGUCCUGUAAUAAACAACGGUACUAGCCGCAUCAUGUCUCUGCAAGAUGCUGAGUGGUACUGGGGGGAUAUUUCAAGGGAGGAGGUUAAUGAGAAACUACGUGAUACCACUGAUGGUACCUUCUUGGUACGAGAUGCAUCUACUAAAAUGCAUGGUGAUUACACACUUACACUAAGGAAAGGGGGAAAUAACAAACUCAUUAAAAUCUUUCACCGAGAUGGAAAAUAUGGCUUUUCUGAACCAUUUACAUUCAACUCGGUGGUUGAACUUAUUACCCACUACGGAAACGAGUCUUUGGCCCAAUACAACCCAAAACUGGAUGUCAGGCUCACGUAUGCAGUGUCAAGGCUACAACAGGAUCAAGUAGUAAAAGAAGACAGCAUAGAAGCUGUUGGAAAGAAGUUACACGAGUAUAACCUGCAAUUCCAAGAGAAAAAUCAGGAGUAUGAUAGACUGUAUGAGGACUACACCAGGACAUCUCAGGAAAUUCAAAUGAAAAGAACAGCCAUUGAAGCAUUUAAUGAAACCAUUAAAAUAUUUGAAGAACAGUGUCAAACGCAAGAAAAGUACAGCAAGGAGUACAUAGACAAAUUCCGUCGCGAGGGAAAUGAGAAGGAAAUACAGAGGAUCUUGCACAAUUACGAGAAGCUGAAAUCAAGAAUCAGUGAAAUUGUUGACAGUAAACGUAGACUUGAGGAAGACCUAAAGAAGCAGGCUGCAGAAUACCGUGAGAUUGACAAACGUAUGAAUAGUAUUAAGCCAGACCUCAUACAAUUGAGGAAGACCAGAGACCAGUACUUAAUGUGGCUGACACAGAAAGGUGUUCGACAGAAGAAACUAAACGAGUGGUUGGGCAGCGAGAACACAGAAGAUCAGUACUCCACAGUUGAAGAUGAGGACUUGCCCCACCACGAUGAAAGAACAUGGAACGUAGGAAAUAUUAACAGAAGUCAAGCAGAGAAUCUUUUACGCGGAAAGCGCGAUGGUACAUUCCUUGUACGGGAGAGCAGCAAACAAGGGUGCUACGCCUGCUCUGUAGUAGCGGAUGGGGAGGUCAAGCACUGUGUCAUAAACAAGACCCUUACGGGCUAUGGAUUUGCAGAACCAUACAACUUAUAUAACUCUUUGAAAGAACUGGUGCUACAUUACCAACAUACGUCACUUGUACAGCACAAUGACUCUCUGAACGUCACACUAGCAUAUCCAGUAUAUGCACAGCAAAGGCGAUGAACACCUAACAAACUCUCCAUCGACUAAGCUGAUGCCGGUUUCGGCAAAGGGAUAAAAUAAAAUCCUAAAGCUCCCUCGUCCGCCUACUUCACAAGAUUGAGCUGCAGUAUCAAAGCUACCUUCAGAUGAGAAAAGAGCUUUCUUUCGCCAUGGAAGCAGGAGAUGAGUGUUAAGCUGUGAAUGUAUGUUUCUAAGCUAUUGUGCUUGCUUUGAAACCCAAGAAGCACAGCAACAGAAAGAUAUGGUAUUACAAGCCUAUCUCCCGGGCCUGCAGGUUCCUCGAGGCCUUCACCAUGGUGCUUGUUUACAUUCUUUUGAAGCUUUACCAGCUUGAAUGUUGGUCACCGCAGAUCCAAGAAGCCAAGGUGUCUUUUUGUUAGUAGAGUACUGUUUUUCUUUUUUUGGGGAGGGGGGAGGGGACACAAAACGUUCCAUUGCAGCCUUUGGAGGACUUUGUGGCCUAGCGCUCACCUGAUCUACCCCACAAAGCCUUGCAGAUUGUUUCAUUUUCCUAAACGAAAACAAACAUAUGUAGCAAAAUGGCACUUUUCAUCGUUUCUAAAGAGAAGUCUGCAUAAAGGACACUGGUUCGCAAUUCAGCCACGCCAAGUAUAUGCAGCAAAGUGCCAGGAAGUGUUUUAAUAAGACUGUCAUUAAACAAAAUGAACCUAUUUAACAUGGAUGGUGACAAGAUG